CGAAGCAAAGUGGUUGCAUGUUUUAGCGCGCGGGCUCCUCCGAAUCAGGUAAUACAUCAACACGGCACUCAAGUGUCCAUGCAAGCUUUGUCGGAAACACCCAGUGAGCAGCAUUGAUGGGAGGCCCCCCAGGAUCACAAGCAGCACCGCUACCGGUCAAUCUACCCUUCCGCUUGGUAUCGAAGACGAUUGGAUCAGGCGCAUAUGCAUCUGUUCGCAGAGCAUGUCCGCUCAAUAGAUCAUCUCCAGUCAUCGCUGUGAAGUUCAUCAAUAAAGACCACGCCUUCCGCGCCGGACGCUUACGGCCCAAGCAACUCCACCUCGAGCUUUCGUUGCACCAUAUUGUGAGCGGACAUCACAACAUCGUGCGCUACUUCUCUCAUGGCGAAGAUCCGGCAUGGGUGUGGCUAUGUCUCGAGCUGGCAGAGGGUGGAGAUUUGUUCGACAAGAUCGAGGCGGAUGAGGGAUGCUCGGAGGAUGUUGCACACUUGUACUUCACGCAGCUCGUCAACGCGAUCGGCUGGUGUCAUAGCAAGGGCGUGGCGCACCGAGAUAUCAAGCCGGAGAACAUGCUGCUGAGUUCAGACGGCGAUCUGAAGUUGGCGGACUUUGGGCUGGCAACGCAAUUCGCGGUGCCUGGGCGUAGCGAGAGGAAGAAGUGCGCGAUGGUAUGCGGCAGUCCGCCAUACAUAGCGCCAGAGAUUUUGGCCGUGGGUCACAAGAACGCGAAACGAAAGCUUCAAGGCGAAGACAAGGAAGGGUACGAUCCGGACCGGUCGGACGUAUGGUCUAUUGCUGUCGUGCUGUUUGUGCUGCUAGCGGGCAAUACCCCCUGGGAUAUGCCUGAUGCAAAGCAAAGCUUCGAAUUCUACGACUACAUCAAGACGAACAGCAGGCCGAAAGAUGAGCUCUGGCAGAAGGUUCCGACUGAGGCGCUGAGUCUGCUUCGUGGGAUGCUGAAGGUCGAGCCUGCAGAACGCUUCAUGCUGCCCGAAGUGCGUACACAUCCUUGGUUCACUCGCAAGAACCCCGAGGUGACGGCAGACGGCAAAGUGGCGAACCCCAUCAAUCUCGCGACGCAGAUGAUGGAGUCACUUCGCAUCAACUUUGACGCGCAAAUACCAGCCUCACAACAGCCACGUUCAAGCGAUACAAUGGACAUCGACCCCAAAUCCACCCUCGAUCCCGGGUGGACAAAGUUCGCCUCGACUCAACCCGAGACUCCCGUCGCAGACACACCCUUCGACUGGGAAGCACCAACCCGAACCAACGCCAUCAGCGCCUCACAGCCCACCCGCACCGACCACGACAGACAAAGCACCAUGUCGCAACUCACCCAGGCCGAACUCCUCGGCCUCUUGACCGAAGACCCCUCGAUGUCGCAAUUCUCCCAACUCCCCAUUGGCUCCAUGACCGCCACCCAACAGGCGCGCCGCUUCAACGACAUCGCACCUUCUCACAGCCUGGCACGCUUCAUCUCCCACUUCACCAUGCCGCACUUACUCCCGCUACUUGUAUCCGCACUGCACCGGCUCAACAUCCCCGUCGCUACACCUGCCGCCGCGGCGUUAGAGGGGAGGGAACAUACCGUAUCCUUGCGGAUCAAGACGACAGAUGCGCGUCAGCAGCUUCUGCAGGGCACGAUUGUUGUCGAGCGGAUCCAGAUUGGCGGACUUUCGUCGUAUACGCAGGCGGAAGUGCUUGAGGUGCGGUUUCUGAAGGCCAAGGGCGAUCCGCUAGGGUGGAGGAGGUUGUUUAAGCAGGUUGCUGUGUUGUGUAAGGAUGCGCUGCCGAGACCGGUGCGGAGCGUGGAGUCGCAGAUGUAGUGUAACGCUCCAGCUACUUGACUUUGCUCUAUUUACUGCAUGGUCUUGGACGUCUUGCAUAGCGACGGCUAAGAUUCUGCCACUGGAGGCAAAGACUUUAGCUCACGCUCUUCGAAAGUACGAAACUAGCUCGAU